AUGCAGCGAGGAAGUUCAAGAGGGGAUUCCGGCGGUGUUGAUAGAAUGUUGAACCAACUACUAACAAAGAUGGAUGGAAUGUCUGUUAAGGAAACCGUGUUCAUCAUUGGAGCAACAAACAGACCUGACCCUGCAUUGCUUCGGCCAGGAUGUCUUGACCAAUUGAUAUACAUUCCUUUACCGGAUGAGACAUCAUGUCUCCAGAUCUUCAAAAGGUGCUUGAAGAAGUCACCAAUCUCGAAGGGCGUCGAUCUUUUGACUCUUGCUCGUUAUACAUAUGGAUUUAAUGGUGUAGACAUUAGUGAGAUAUCAUCACAAGCUCCCGAUCUGGUAAAGACAGUUCUGACUGGAAGCGGAAGCGAUCGGAGGAAUGGGUCGCGGUAG